AUGCGCUUCCUCCAGAUCGAAUGGCACAACCACGAGCGAGCCCGGAACGCAUGGGACAUUGAGCGCGCCGAGAUGAAGGCCAAGAUCGCAAAGCACGAGGGCGAGUGCCGCCAUGCGAAGAGGAUCAACGAGCAGCUCGAACGACAAGUGCGCAUGCUCGAAAGCGCCCUCAAGCAGGAACGAAGGAAGAAGGGCAGCGAUCCCAGUGCGCCCUUGCAACCAGACAGUGCUGCCUCGCACUCUUCCAGGCGUUAG